AUGUCAGAAACCCCCGUCCCAAUCCACGAGCCGCCAUCUCUACCCUCAUCUCCCCUCCCAAAGCGAACCAAGGUCAUUGAUCCCACACCUCUCUCCCACACCUCCACCCUACCAAGAGGAACAGACUCGGGCGCUGCAACACCGACACCCUUGGCAGCUACACACCUCCCAAGCCACGACAACAUGGCAGCACUACAGCCUCCAGCGUCCAUUGCCGCAUCAUCGUCAGCAGCAGCAGAACAACAAUUGCAAGUCCAAUUGCUGAGCCCAAACGCCAAGGCGCCGACAAAGGGAAGUGCUUUUGCUGCUGGACAUGAUCUGUAUAGUGCAGAGGACACUAUGAUCCCUGCACGGGGAAGGGCUUUGGUAAAGACGGAUAUCAAGAUCUCGGUGCCAGACGGGACGUACGGAAGAGUAGCACCUCGCUCCGGCCUGGCUUUCAAACACGGCAUCGAUACAAUGGCCGGCGUAAUUGACGCAGACUACCGCGGCCCCGUUGGUGUCAUCCUCGCCAAUCUGUCGGAAACAGACUUCCUCGUCAAGAUCGGUGACCGAAUCGCCCAGCUUAUAGUGGAACGGGUUGUCAUGCCCAAUGUCGUCGUGGUCGAGGAACUAGAAGACACAGUGAGGGGUGCUGGUGGUUUCGGCAGCACAGGGGGCUUCGGUGCGGCUGCGAAAGUAGCAGCGGCAGAUAGUACCAAGGCUUAG